UAAUAGAACAGAUACUGGAACAAUCGUGUCCUCAGCAGGCCGUUCUAGUUUUAUUUAUUCGACUAGUUCUUCUGUCAAAUUUAAAACUGGUCUACGAUGCCGUUCUAUUUUUUGUAUAUUUGAAACACGAGUAAAACACUGCUGGGGCUGCCAGUUUUUCUUGUUAUAAAAUCCAGAUUUCAAUUUUGUAACUGGUAUAAAUUAUGCAUCUAGAACUAAAACACUACUGAAUAUGCCCUAAGCACUUUUUUCUCUGAAGCGACUUUCGUGAUAAAGACCUACAUUUACUUCACUUGAUUUUCACCGUGUAGUGAUAAGAAUGUAACUUCUCUCUUCACGCGGAUUUGAUGGUAACGAAAAAUCUUUCAUGUACAAAUAUUGAUAUUUACCUAUUUCAAUAGCUCACAAUGCAAGAAUCAUAAAACGGAACCUGAUACCAGCACCCAUAUAACAAAGUUUUCAAUCAACUCAUUCCUUCUGCAGGAUAGUUUCAACCAAUCCAGUUUCCAUUCAUUCGUUUUCCAUCAACUAGCCCCUCAAAACAAUUUCCAAAGGAUCCUUCAGUGUGUGGGUGAGAUAUUGACAGACGAACAAAAUAAACAUCUGAAAAGGAAGCGGGAGUUCAUUCAUUUUUUUUCUUUGCUGUGUCACUAACGUGACAGGCUAAGAGAGUUCAUUCAUUAUCGUUUUGCGACUCAAGCAUGAGUAGUGCAGUAAAGGCGUGAUUUGAAACCGUUGAGUGCGCGCAACUUUUAGAAGUGUAUGGACAGUCGUGAUCAGGAAUUAGAAUGGAUCUGGACAAACUCAAGUGUAUUCUGUGCCGAAAGAUUCCGGACGAGGAGGUCUACGAAUGCAGCGCCAAGCAUUUGGGAUGCGAGUCCUGUGUAAACAAAUUGAAUGUCCGGAUUUGCAAGUGCUCUUCAGAUUUCGAAGAAAAAAAAUGUAAUCCCAUCAAACAACUGCUGGAAUCGAAAAAAAGAGAAUGUCCAUACAGCAAAGCGGGAUGUACGUGGACAUUCAGUGUAACCGAAAUGCGCCAUCAUCUGGAAGAGUGCAAAUUUCGCCCGUAUCGGUGCAUCGCUUCAAAACUUAAUAUUCUUGGAUGUAACUGGACUGGAGUCCAGCAUGAAAUUGAACAACAUCUCCUGCAGGAUCAUAGCGUGCUCGGUCAGCCGUUCAGCUAUUUUCAGGAAUCGGAAAUCCCGUUCUCAGAGGUUAAAUCAAUGGGCAGUAUUAAAUUGGUGGAUGGCUUCAGUAAACAAUUUAUGCUAUAUUUCUUUUCGAACGCCACCACAAAGAUAGUGUACUUCAUGAUUGUUUACUUUGGGCGCCGUGAGGAAGCGCAGCAGUACUACUACGAGUUUGAAAUUCGAUCCCGAAAUGAACAGAAUAUUCGGAAGAUCAAGUUCACGGAACAAUGUGUAUCAGAUUGCGAAGAUUUGAAGCGAUUUAUUGAAGAAGAAAAAUGUGUAGUGGCUUCGUUCAAAACGAUUAAGCAUUUUCUGCAUGAAGACUCGAUUCCGUUUCGUUUCAUAUUGAAAAAGUUAACAAAAGAUGUGGAACCAGCCCGCGUCGAGCGCCGUGUUUCGGAAAGUAAUUCUAAACCGGUGAAUUCUAAACCAAAUCAUUUUAAUCAGAAAGGAAAAAUGCACACUAAUUUAACUCGAAGCUCAUCGGUAGGAACUGUCGCUGGUGCCGGUGCGAGCGGUGGAAGCAAGAAUUCCUCCAAGCAACCUCCGAAACCACCAUUACGAAAAUCUGCGGUUCCCUCCAACGGAACGAAGAAUAAACCGGCUGAUGCGUAUCCCGAGCAGAGAGCCGAGUUUUCUGCUGUGAACCGAGGAAGGACAUGCGACCCGGAUUCGCCGUUUCUUCAUCGAGACCCACCGAUUCAAAGAAACGAUGCGCCUCCUGCGUACGGUGUUUUGAUCGGCACAAACUACCAUUAUUCGACGCUGGGUGAGUACUGUAGACUAAACAAAUUGACCCCUCCUGGAGAGUGCAAAACGAUGGCUUGUUUGAACCGGAUGUAUAUCCAACCGCACAAGUUGACCGACGAUUGGCGGUACUACCUGACCAAACCUGCCUUCAAGCAGUAACGCUAGCCAAGCAUUAUGAAGCUAUCAGCAGAUUAUUAUAUGGAUAGAGAAUUCGACUCUUUCCCUGUUACCAAAUUAUGGUUGUGUGUUAACCCGACACAUGUGGCGCACUGCUCACCCGAAUCAGAGAAAACAUCUUAACAUGAAAGAUACGAAGCAAGGAUUUAGUCGGACCAGGCCGAAGUGAAACCACAGUACUUAUUGCUAAAUGUGUUUGCGAGAAAUGGAAAAACUAAUGAUAAGGAGUAUUUUAUUUUUUUGACCACUGUCUUUGUAACAUCAUAAAUGAAGAAAACCUAGACUCCUCACUGUACUGGAGACACUGACAGCGCUUCUAGUGAGAAGUGGGUGUACUUUCUUCCAAUACAUACUGUGGAUUUGUUAAAUGUGCAUGGAACUUUUAACAUUUACGAGCCCAUUUCUCACCAGUGGUGCUUUUGGUGUCACAGGUUGCCCAAUUUCAUUACUACUACACUACUAGAAAUUUGAUUUUUUGUAACAUAUAGAU